UUCAACGCCUCCAAGCUCGCCCUGCUGGUUGAAACACGUCCACUCCCAAUACUGGCUCCCUUGAUCCUACACUUCAUCUCCGUCGUUCCACCAGAUUGGCCCUUUCUAUUCAUGGGCUCCUACGACUCUAUCGAAGCCAUCAACAACUCCUUCGCCAUCCGCCAACGAGUUGUCCAAGGCAAACUCGCAUUGACUCCCGUUCCUUCAAAUAUGAGCGUUCAAAGCCAGGAAAUGGUCAGUCGCUUCUUCACAAACUUGUGGCUAUACGAAAAGGUGCUCCAUCCUGCCGAGUGGCUGCUGGUAUUUCAGACGGACUCGAUCAUCUGCGCAAACAGCAAGCAUGACCUCGACGACUAUCUCGAAUACGACUGGGUCGGUGCACCUUGGAAUCCCAACUCUGCUUGGGGAGGCAAUGGGGGCCUUUCACUCCGCCGAGUUAGUCGUAUCAUAGACGUCCUCCGAAACCUUCAGCGUCCACACAAUACUGAACCAGAGGAUGUCUGGCUUACAAAACGUCUAGCUCACCACCCUGACGCCAAGUUAGCCAAUGGAAGCGUAUCUCUGACAUUUUCAGGCGAGUUACACAGUGGUCCACCUGAGAAGGUUGACAAGAUGAGAAGCAAUGGGACUAUUGAGGAUACCAAGAACAUCGGGGGCAUUGAUGAUUGGAAGGGAUUCUACGAGCCCAUGGGCUAUCAUACUGGCGGUGGAGGAGUAUGGCUUCACGCACCCAUCUGGGGAACUCCUGAGCUGAGGCAACAUAUCUGGUCAUAUUGUCCCGAGGUCAAGAUGACGCUGGAUAUGGACGUGGCGAGAUACAUGCCAGGGAACUGCCGCAGCCGUUGGAAGAGGUAA